AUGUUACAUUAUUUUGCAUAUAUUAUCAAGAUCUUUAAAGAAUAUCAAAAUUCAGAUUUUAAAAAAAAGGCCAAAGAAUUAGAUACUAAAAUCCAGUGUUUGCAUAUAGCUAUACUAAUUGUUGAAGAUGAUAACUUAAAAAAUUCUGAAUUAAAUUUAACUGAAGGUGAUUUGCAAGUUAGUGAUGAUGAUAUUCAAGAUACAGUAAAUAGUAAUAGAAAUAAUAAUUUGACUUUAGAUAAACCUAUUGAACCCCAUACUGAGAAACAAGAACAAGAGUGGAAUGCAUUUGUUAAAGAAUAG